AUGUUCUUAGCGUUAAAGAACCGUUAUCUUUCAAGAAUUUUUCACUUUCCCCAACAAAAGACAACAACUCUUACACCAAGAAAGGAAGCAUUUUUAUCCAUUUGGGUGUUUUUCAAUCCCACUCCAUUUCCUUUUCCUUUCUUUUUCCAGCUUCCAAUUCGUAAAUUUCUAGCUGUUUCUAGUUCCACUAACAUGGGACUCGAAGAAAAUAAAGGACACAAGACUGAAAUUGAAGAUAAUGGAGAUGAAAAAGCAAGCGAAUCCUCCAUUUGUGAAACCGAAGACGAAGGAGAAGAUGCAGAGAGUCAUAAGAUCGAUUUGGGUCCUCAAUACACCCUCAAAGAACAAUUCGAGAAAGACAAAGAUGAUGAGAGUCUCACAAAGUGGAAAGAACAACUACUUGGAAACGUCGACAUUAGCGCUGUUGGAGAAUCAUUAGAACCAGAAGUGAAGAUCUUGAGUCUUUCGAUCAUGUCGCCAGGGAGAUCUGACAUUGUUCUUCCGAUACCCGAAGAUGGAAAACCGAAGGGUCCAUGGUUUACUUUGAAAGAAGGUUGUCCUUAUAGCCUUCGGUUCGCAUUUCAAGUUAGCCAUAACAUUGUUUCAGGUUUAAAGUACACCAACAAUGUAUGGAAAACUGGCGUCAAGGUGGAUGGAAUGAAACAUAUGCUUGGUACUUUUAGUCCCCAACAAGAAGCUUACACUUAUGAUAUGCCAGAGGAGACAACCCCUUCUGGUUUUUUUGCAAGAGGCUCUUACUCUGCUAAAACUAAGUUUGUUGAUGAUGAUGGCAAAUGUUACUUGGAGAUCAACUAUACAUUUGACAUCAGGAAAGAUUGGGCGAACGUUGAAAUGCCUAAAACGCCAGAGAAUUUUAGCAUUUAAGUUUGUGGCUAUUGUUAUGAAUCAUAGUGUGAUGAUACUACUCUAAACGUUAGACUAUAAGGAACAAAAUGGAGUUGGGUGGUGGUGUCAAGAUUUAUUUGAAUUUGCCUUAUAUCUUUUUUUUAAUGUAAUCUAUUGUAUUGACAUUGACUUUGGUGAUGAUUUGUUGCUUCCUAAACAUGAAUGGGUUGUAUUCUUGGGC